GGGGCCCCGCCGCUCGGCACUCCGGAGGGAAUCCCGGAUGACGUAGAGGGAACCCUGGCGCGCGCCCCCCGCCGGCCACCGCACGGGGUCCCGGUGCGCUGUCCCUGCGCCCCGCCGCCGGCAUCGGUCGCCCUCUCCCACGUCCUCCCGCCACCGCUCGCGCCCCGCGUUGUGGCCCGCCCCGGCGGCAGCGGGACGGGAGAGGCGCGGCGGUCCCUGCCCGACGGCGCAUCCGCGGCUGCCCUCGGGUGUCCGAUGGGCUGGCGGGAGGUGCGGCGGGGCGCGGAGGCGGGGCAGGGAGGAGAGGAGAGAGGCCCCGCGCGGGGAGGACCGCUAAGUGCCAGAUGUUUGGCAGCAGCCAGGGAGGAAGUCGCUGCCGGGGCCCUGAGUCCCGCCCGAGCCGCGCCGGAGUAGGCAGGGCCGCGCCAUGGCCCGCACGGCUCCUCCGACGGUGCCGCCGCCCCCGGGGCCGCCGGCCCGCGGCUCUCUCAGCCUCCAUCGCGCCUUCCUGCGGAGCCCGCUGGGCCUGCUACGCCUGGGGCAGCUGGCUCUGGGCGCUGCCUUCUGGGUGACGGUAGCGGCUCAUAAGUACGAAGGGGCGGCCCACUUCGCUCUGUUUGCCGCUGUCCUCGUCUGGCUCCUCACCCUGGCCCUCUUCGGGCUGAGCCUGCUGGGGCGCUGGGAGCUGGUGCCCUGGUUGGGCUCCCGCUGGCUCCUCACCAACCUGGUGCACGACCUGGCACUGGGUGUGGGGCUCUACGCAGCUGCCACUGGCAUCAUGGGUCACAAGGCCAAGCAGAGAAGCUUUUGCAACCUGCCGGGCUACAGCCAGCACUGCCUGUACAGUGCCUACCUGAGCGCCUCCAUCUGCGGGGGCGUCACUGCCUGCCUGUACCUCUUCUCCGGGCUCUACUGCCUGUUGCGGCGUUGCCAGGACCAGCGAGACAUCAUCUGACGUCCCGUGCCACUUGGCUCCCCUUCUCAGCUGCAGACAGAACACAGCCUGUCUUUGGGAUGAAACGACCCUGCCGCCCCAUCCCCUCCUGGCUGACUGCACUGCAAUUCCUCCAGAGACUCCUGCACAGAUGGAUGGACAGACAGAGGCCUUCGCCGAGCACGGCUUCCCCUGCAGAGCACCGAGACAGCAUGGACACCGAGCCACUGCACAGGCCCUUCUCCCAGCCCUGGAUAGACUUAGGAUACUGCAAGUGGAAGGACCCAAAUGGAGAGCCCGUAAGAGGGAUACCAAUCUUUGGGAGCCCCCCUAGGACUCAAGCCAAAAUCCCCUGGUCUUGCCAGUGCUGCAUGCUCAGAGAGGUUUGUGGCUCCAAGCCACCAGAGCCACUGAACCAGCCCUGGGGCCAGACUACUCCAAAAGGGACAGAAACAGCCUUGCUGAUGGUUCUGGAGACCAGCCUGCAGCCCUGCCUGUCUCUGCCACACUUGGUUUAUCAUCCUGGAAAAUCUUCAUCUCUGGACUCUGUGGGACUGGGCCUAGAGACUGUGGUGGGGUGGAGGGGAAGGGUGAGCACUGCAGCAGUCUGUGCUGGCACUCUGGCCAUGGGGGAGCUGGGGCUAGGCAUUGUGGGAGCACAACCUGUCUUGGAGAACAGAAGAGGACACUGGCACUGGAGCCAGCCCAGUCCUGGAUCAGCCUCCAGAACCCACCAGGUGCCAAGCCCUGACGACGCCAUGUAGGGCUGACUAGAGAAAUGGGCACCUAGAGACAGAAUUUUUGGAGCAGUGCCACACUAGGGCUGCCCUGCCACAAGCCCUCCUCACCCUGCCUGGAGGCAGGUCUCUAUUGCUCCCGGUUCAAGGGAGGGUCUGCUCCCAUCUCUCUGUAGACUUAGAUCAGUGAGACAGGUGUCCCCAGCAGCUGGCCACAGCUGCCUACUGCCUGGGGUUCCCUGACACCUUUUUUGAGGUGUAGAGCAGCAGCCAUGGUUCACCUGGGGCCUUGAAGGGGUCUGGGAUUGGUACUGGGUCGCCACUUCCAUCAUGAUGUGCUGUCCCAGUGCAUACCCCGUCAUGCCCCAGGCCAUGUACCCCUUCCUUGGGCAGGACAUGCUGUCUGUACCCUGUGUCAAGGCUGGUCCCUGACACCGCCUGCCCCUGCCUUACUCUGGUGCAGCCCCUGGCCCAGGCUGUCCAAAAUGCCCUCGGUGCUUCUGCCACCACAAGUGCCUUCUCCUGGCUUUCUGCAGCCCUGUCUGUCACACAGCUCUAUCCCUCUACAGCCUCCUUUCAGGUGCCAGUGGAUUCACCUUCCAAAUAAAGCAAUAUUGGCGCUCA